GUCGAGCGAGGUCCCAGCAAAAUGAUAAGCUUCAGGAGUGAAGAAAGCAUUCGAGGAUAAGAGGAGGAAGAGCCGUUGAAGGACAAAGAAGAGAUGACGAUGUCGUCACCGGCGUCCACCCACCUCCUCCGCCCCGCGCCCGCGGCGCCCCUGCUCCCUCGCCGCGCCUCCGUGCAGCUCUCCCGCGUCGCCGGCGGAGCUGCGCCAAGGAGCAGGAGACGGAGCGGCCGCCUGGCGGUGGUCCGCGCGGCCACCGCGGAGGUGGCCGAGGCCGCCGGCGCCCCCGCCUACACCACCGAGUCCCUCAUCCUAUACUUCAAGGCCGAGGGCACCAUGGAGGAGAGGGCUGUUCCCAAGAUCACCCAGGCCCUCGAGGGGAUGGAUGGCGUCACUGACCUGGAGGUGCUUAUCGAAGAAGGCAUCGGAAGUGUUGUGCCACAUUGUACCAUGAGAAGUGUACUCUGCAAGCACAAGAAAAGACUGCCUUACAAGCAGAGAGAGCAUUAUCGUCAGAUAUUAACGAAGGCGACAACAGUCCAAGCUACCGGGGUCGCCUCAAACCUGGUGGAAGCCAUCCAGGGAGUUGGUUUCAAGCUGCAAACUCUGAGCCUCAGCUUCGAGGACUUUGACAAGGCGGACGCUGCUGCUGCAGUCACAGGAGAAGGAGCAGACGUCCAAGCCAGCGAGUGAGCUUCACGGCGCCGUGCCUGCGCUGAGUGCACAAGAUGUGCUCUGAUCGUUGGGGUUCAGUCUUUCUUCAGACAUUUUUUUUCUUUGGUUGCCAUACACUUCGCUCCUAGAAUUUUUUCAAGCUGUACGUUUUACCUUCUGGCAUGACUACGUACCCUAUGGGGGCUUUUAGAAAUGCUGCAUCUUCCCAUCAUCAAAAAAAGAAGAAAAAAAAUGAAAUGCUGCGUCUUGGGAGUUUCCCGUUUCCUUCGCA